CACCACGACGGGUGCCAGAUGGGGGACCGACUCGCCAGGCUGCCAGACAAGCUGCUGCUCAUGAUCUUCGACACGCUCGCGCGCGAGUCGCGCCACGACCUCUGCAACAUGUCGCUCGCCAACAAGAGGUACCACCACCUUGCCGACACAUCGCUCUACAAGUCCCUCCUCUUUGACUCGCCCGAGCAGCACCUGAUCUUCAGCGAGACCCUUGACCGCCGGCCCCGCCGUGGGUCCAUGAUCGCCGAUGUCAAGCUGGAGUAUCCGAGCUCCGAGCUGUCCCACCUGAUCCUGGACGCGCCGCUGGACCGCUCGCACUACUCGCCGGACCGCAUCGACGGCCUGUCGCGCACCCUCUCGACCAUGUCCAACCUCGAGACCCUCGACAUCGCCGUGCCCGUCAAGCUGCUACACGGCAUCGGCACCCUCUUCAACGGGCCCUUUGACCUCGCCUGCCUCAAGACCUGCUCCCUCUUCUACCAGUGCCCCAACGACGAGUACUGGGACCUGCAGGAGAACAUCCACAUCUUUACCCACCCCACCCUCGAGACCCUCACCAUCCGCCGCGCCAAGCUCGACGAGCGCGGCUUCGACAGCCUCGAGCGGCCCCACAGCACCGCCCUCAAGGCUCUACACCUCAUCGAGUGUGACAUCAACGACGAUGCCCUCGCAGACAUCAUGGAGUUCCCCGAGGGCCUGCGCGAGUUUCACAUGUCCCACACGGCGCAACCAACCCCCGAGCUGGAGGAGAGCAGCGACGAGAUUAACGAGUUCGUCAUGGCCCUCAAGCCCUGCGCCGAGGCCCUCGAGACCAUCGUCAUCGACCACCCCACCCUGGGCGGCCGCAAGGUGCUGCGCAUGCGGGACUUUGUCGCGGUCAAGACGCUGCGCCUCAACUUUGACACGCAGCUGUUCGGCAAGACCUCCAAGAAGCCGCGCCUGCACUCGGUCGGCUUCCCACCCGAGCUGGAGACGCUCGAGUUCUUUGGUGAGAUUGGCAACGACGAGGUGGUCACGGAGCUGUUCGCCGGCGCCCUGGAGAACAUCGAGUUCAUGGCGCGAAACCUGAAGACGCUGAUCCUGGCCGAGGGUCCCAAGGGCCUCCCCCAGCAGAUCGUGGAGGCCUGCAAGGGAAAGAAGUUCAACCUGCUCACUACACGGCUAGACGAGGAUGAGAAUGAAGACCAAGACGAAGACCACUAGACGACACAUUAUAGACCAAGACCGAUACAGAACGAUACAGGUACUCAGACGGCAAAUACUCUAGAAGGCAUCCUAGAAGGCAUCCUAGAACAUGGAGCGGACCACACCAGAUUUCUUUUUUCCCCUUCUUUCCCGACGACCGACUUCGAUACAGAUUAUAUACCCUUUGUCUCAGGUUACAGGAACCAGGAUACAGUUUUUUUUUUCCCCUUUCUCUUUUUGUCUGUUUCUCUGUCCUUCUCUCUCUUUAUACAUGUUCGAAUUCGGAGUUGCACGGCUGCUUUUCACGCACAGGAUAUUUCAUGGGUUGAAUAAAAAGGGAAGGGAAAAGAAAGGUGCCGACAGGUUUGAAAUUUUCUCUUGCGCGUACGCACGACGUAUUUCAGGAACAUUCUCGACAACGAGACACGCCGGAUCUAGACAAAUGCAUGGUCGGAAU